GGGUGCGUAAUUUUUAAAGCUCCGAGGGAGGAAAAUGCUAAAAUCCCAAACCCUGGGUAAGUUUCUGCAAUUAUUUCAAUUUGUUACUUAACAGAGGACUCAUUGACCCACUUGACCAUUUUCGAAGUCCCUCCCGAUCCGUCAUUUCACUAAACCCUAAACCUGUUGGUUCGGAUAAAUCGCAGAAGCUGUUCUGUGGCCGUAGCUUCUCUGCUUCAAUAUGAGUAGGCCCAUGGAAGAGGAUGGAUCUGCUGCCAAGAAUGAGGAGGAGGAAUUCAACACCGGGCCACUGUCGGUUCUGAUGAUGAGUGUCAAAAAUAAUACACAGGUGCUCAUUAACUGCCGAAAUAACAGGAAGCUUCUUGGACGCGUGAGAGCUUUUGAUCGUCAUUGCAACAUGGUUCUUGAAAAUGUCAGGGAGAUGUGGACAGAGGUCCCAAAGACAGGUAAAGGCAAGAAGAAGGCCCAUCCCGUUAACAAAGAUAGGUUUAUCAGUAAAAUGUUCCUUCGAGGGGAUUCGGUUAUUCUUGUCCUUAGGAAUCCCAAGUGAGAUGUUUAGGUUCCUUGGUUGGACAAGCUGAUUAGAUACUCCAAAGUCCUGUUUUAAUCCCCCCUUUUGUACUUCCGAACUAACUAAAUGGCUGUUAGAAGAUGUGGCUGUCAUUACAAUUCAUCUCAUCGUAGCUGCUGCAAAUCAUGUAUUUGUUUGAUGUGCUUGUGAGUUGCUCUAUAUGACUACAACCUUAGGUUUGCAUUGUGCCAAAUCAAAUGAAAUUUAAAUGUCUUAAAUAUAACUAA